AUGUUUUUCAAGAAAUCAUUAGGCUUAGGUCUAGCCCUUUGUCAAUUGAUCGGAAAGAGCAGCGGGACAGGUAGUGACGGUGUUCAAGCUUACGAAAAGGUCCAGUUUAGCAAUGUUGGUUUUGCUGGAACGUACACUCCGGUGAAAAGUUUGAAAAAUGUGGAUAGCUCCAAAUGUAGUUGCGAAGUGAGCGGCGACGUAUGGUUUUCGGGUACGAACGCCCCGAUGUCGAGCGGGGUGUCGGUUCACUUUCGGGGGCCUCUCAAACUGCAUCAGUUUGCGUACUAUACGUCGUCCAAUUUCGACGUCACAAGCAACUCAACUUCUGAAUCCUGGAGCCGGUUGGCCUACUACGACGCUAGCUCGCAGGUCGGUGAGAAUGUAACGUUUUUGACUGCAGCAGGUGACGAUUCGCCCUGUUUGGGCAAAGCGUUGACUUAUGCGGCUUCUAACGGUACUGGCUCCGCGUCGUCAUCUACAUUGAUCGCCUCGGACACCUUGCUAAAGUCUGAUGAAGAGUUCAUGAUCUAUUCGAACAUCUCGUGUCCAUCAUCAAGCACCAAGAAAGGCUGUGGUGUUUAUAGAAAGGGAAUACCAGCGUUUUAUGGCUUCGAUGGCGAAACCAAGAUGUUUGUCUUCGAGUUUGAGACCCCAACCGAGACUCAGUCUAACAGCAGUUCGUUCAGCUAUUACGAUUUGCCAGCCAUUUGGCUUCUCAAUGAACAAAUUGCUCGCACGUCGCAGUACCCCACGAACUCCAAUUGCUCUUGCUGGGCGAGUGGUUGCGGUGAGUUCGAUAUUUUUGAAGCCAUGAACGGUACCGAAAAGAACAAUUUCUAUUCGACUUUCCACACAUUCCAAGGCAUCGAGUAUCUCGGUACGGGUAUUCAGGCCGAUGGCUAUAUUCCAAGAUCUACUUCGGGUACCAUGAAAGGUGGUGUCGUCUUUGAUUCCUCUGGUAACACUGUGGUUUUCAUGUCCAACAACACCGCUUUCGAUUUGAGCAUUGACGCAGGUACCCUGAACGGCAUUCUGUCGGAUUUCAACUCUAGCGCCAGCUACCAAACCAAACUGGCAACCAUUUCUGCCACAGCUCCGUCGACGACUUCAAAAUCGAACGCUCUGUCAAUUUUCGAGAGAGGGCAUGGCUUACUGCGCUACUACGUUUUCAUCGCCGUGACAACUUUCACGCAAGUGUUCUUGUUUUGA